GAUGGAUUCAUUGUUGUUCUCGUCGGCUAUGAUAUCGCGUCGGUUCAAGCUGUUUUUGUUUCUCCUACCGUGCACCUUCGCCCUCCUCCUCUUCCUCACCAAAGUGGACUUCUGGCUCCUCAGGAGGCGCCGGGGAUUCGACUUUGUGCCGUCAUUCCGGGACACACGCAGCACAGGUGCACAGCCAGCAUGAGGGCCAUCUCACUGGACGAUGUUUUGGUAGUUUGUGUGUGGGAUCCAGGGGCGUGGUCGUCGCCCUUCGGCUCUCCGUCGUGCAAUUGGACGUCUGGAGGUGCGGUGGUUGCGAUAUGGCAUCCGCACAGGGAGACGACGGGCGGCCACUGGUGGCAUGUGGCGUCUUACGCCAUGUCAUACCAUGCCAGGCUCAAGGACAACUGGGACGCCAUAGGCAAGCCAAGUUUUUCGCACCUCACCCACCGUGUUCUGAUGAUGUUUGUCCGUGUGUGUGCCAGGUCCUGCGUCGGAUCUUUAUGUUCUUGUCACGUCCUCUUCAUUCUUCGCCCAGCUGACGCCAUUCGUCCGCUUUAUCCUCUCUGUCGGGCUCUCGCCGCCCUCUGCCGCCCAAUCCAUCCACUUCCUGCUGGCGCCACAUCCGAUCGAUGAGCAACCCCUGGCUGAUGAAGGCCACACGGGGGAAGGCAAUCUCACAUUGCUGCUUCACGGGGGCAGGAGGGGAGACCUGAGCCAGCUGCCGACGAUGUUGCUGCCGAAAGAAUGGUUCAGGGAGGAGUUUCGCAUCCUCCCUUCUCAGCACUCGAGCGAGAAGUUCAAGCGGCAUGCUUACCCGUCUUUCGCCCCGCCCUCUCCCGCCCUUCAAGUGUGCGCAAAGGUCCUCAGCCCACACUGGUUUGGCAGCGAGCCGAAGGCCUUCCAGGUCAACAGAGGCGACUUCUUCCAGAGCCCAGAGGACCUGGCGAGACUGCGGCAGACAGUAGACGCCAUCUGCCCCGGCGUGAGUGAGAUCCAGCAGCAAGUGGCGGUGAGGAGGGAAAGAAGGAGCAAGGGGGAGAAGGACGGUCAAGGCAAGGUGCUGAUCUAUCAGCGGGACAGGACACGCCGCAUCAUGGCUGUACACAGGCUGCAGAGGGCGCUAGACGAAGGGUUAGGGGGGCGGGAGGGGGACAGUGGAUGGUCUGUGGAUGUGUUUUGGCACGAUAACCGUGUGGCCCCGUGUGAGCUGGUGAGGCGGGUGGCGGAUUCGGACGUACUCGUCACGGCCCACGGCUUCCAUCUCACGCUCCUAUUAUUCAUGACAGAGGUCAGUGGGCAGCCAGCCAGCCAGAAAGAAUCACAAAUCAUUCGCGCAGAUGACCGGAUUCUCCAUCCCUCCCUUUCUGUGUCUCUCCCUCUCUCUGUCUGUCUUGCAGGGGUCUCUUGCGUAUGAGAUGUUCCCCAAGCUGUAUUACAAGGGCGCCUACAUCGCCCUGGCGCGCAGCCUGCACCUGUCCCUGCACCAGCGGAUGUGCCGCCGCGUGCAAAGAUUCUUCCUCUCCAUCGCAUUUUCGCUACUGAGCGUGGUGCUGUGGGAGAAGCUGGAUGCGAGCCGCUGUUUCCACCUGGCCUACUGGUGCCGGUACCUUGCGCGUCAGGACGAUGUGCGGUUCUAUAGGGAGGACGUCAGUGACGUGGUCAGGACUAUCAGAGAGCAUGAUGAUGGCAGUGACAAAGAAACAACAACAUGAAUGCAACUGUGAGGCCCUUGAAGCUCUCUCUGUAUUGGCCCACUCUCACACUUGGCGCGCAUGGGUGGUGCGGGCUGCCAUCUGCCCAAAGAGCGCACGGAACAAAGCAUUCAACCCCGCCCCAUUGCAGUGCGCCCCCAUUUCCCCGGGGCCCCCAGUCAAAGCGAUCUCCAAAUUUUCGACCCCUCCUUCCGAACACAGAAAGUCCCCAUGGAUGACGUCACCAGCCCCACGGCCCGCUCGUCACUCAGACAGGCGGGCAAAAUGCUUCGCCAGAAGACCAAGGAACUCGGGUAAUCGUGAGCUUGUAAUCGUGAGCUCUGCCUGCAGUGAGAUGAGAUUCUGAGUUCUUUGUGUGUACGCAGCUUGAGCAACCUACGAGCACGGAUUGAUCCCGACGCCUUCUCUGCCGUCGACAACGACGGCAAGGAGAAGCUCCCCUUGCCAAAGAAGCCGUCAUAUGGAAGGGCCCUCUCGCACGACGCUCCCCGCACGAGUGUCCAGAGCUUUCUCGGCAUCAACCUGGGCACACUCUUGCAUGGCAAGCAGAAAGAGUCAAAACGCCGGAGCUCCUUGGUGUCGAACCAUGAGAACUGGUUCCCGAGCGCCUAUGAGAUGGCCAGGGCAUCCAACCAGCUGUGCAAGGAGCAUUACGUCCUGCCGCCGGACGCACUCAUUCGCAGCGUUGUGGAUUUCUCCCUCGUGUGCAUCUCCUUCUUCUACGCGGCCUACCUUGCGUGGGGUCGAGGGCAGGCAAACAGUCGAUGGCAGGCAAACAGUCAUCAGCAUCGACAUGCAUCUCCUGUCCUGUCCUUGUGCAGGUUUGCCUUCAGCUUUGUCCCUUACGAGACGGUUCACGUGUCGUGGUUCAUCGCCGACAACGUCGUCGAUUUCCUCUUUUUCCUGGAGAUCACCCUCAAUUUCGUCACGGCAUAUGCGCCCGACAUGAAGGAGCUGGAGAGCGUGAUUGCCCUCUACUCGAGGCCCAUCGAGGUCUGUGCUGCAAGGAUGGAUUGUAUGUGUUCUUUUCCCUGUCCUGUGGAUGUGUGUGUGUCUGCAGGUCCGGAAGUGCCUGAUUGCCCUCAAGUACAUCUUUGGUGGGGGAUUCCUCCGCGAUGUCAUCACAUCAUUUCCGCUCAUCGGUCAGCGGACGCCACCGCGUAAUGCUGUUUUCCUUCUUUUACCAGUCUCUCUUUGUUUCUGUGCUUGGCAGAUGUGUGGGCUUUGCUGCUGCUGAACAUUGACGGCAAAUCCCUUGGCAUCAUCAUGACGCCCAUCAACACACCGGAGGGGCGGCAGCUGCUGAGGACGGUCGCCACAAAACUGAGGCUUUGUCGAAUCAUCAGGUGCGACAGCCAUGGAAGCUCCCGCAUGUCCGUCUGUCUGUCUGUCUGUCUGUCUGCAUGAGUGCUUUUGUGCAUCCUCAAGGCUUUUGCUGCGGAUAUGGCGGUGUCGGCGCAUCACUUGGAAGGGCCGGUACAACGAGCUGGUGCAGGAGCUGCACGCACGCUUCUCUUCCUGGGGCCCUGUGAUGUCUGUCGUCUGGUUCGCCCUUAACUCACUGCUGCUUAUUCACUGGUGACUUUCAUCCAGCGAGGCACAUCGACACACACACGAUUUCUGCACUUAUGGUCACCAUUGCUGCAGGUGCGCGUGUCUUUUGUUCUACGUGGGCGGCUCUGACUGCCAGCUGCCGACGCAGUGCCACUUUUCGAUGGUUCCGUACCUCAACAGUAAGCAACAGAGACGUCACACUCAAAGUUUCUAGCCCUCUUCUCCACUCCGCUGCAACUUGCGCAGAGAAUUCUCCCUUCGACGUUCAAAGCAUGAUAGAGGAUUAUGAGGCGCAGGGUCGGCCGGACGACUACCCCUGGCCUGAGCAGCCGCCCACCCUGAGAGCCUACCUCGCGACGCUCUUCUAUGUGCUCACGCUGUUCCAUGGGCAGGGCUACGACCUGCAGAAGGACACCAGCAAUGAAGAAGUGCGCGCGCACACGUCAACACCGACAGAGACAAAGGGAGCAGUUUUCUGUGUGUGUUUGUUGUAUGUUCAGGUCGCUACUCUGGUGGCCAUCAUGAUCAUCGGGGCCGUGUUGCUCGGCUCCAUAUUCGGUGAGGUGGCCGCCCACCUUUCCCGAAUCAAUGCCGAGAAGAAAAGCCACUACGCAAAGGUCGACAAAAGGAGAGGGAUGUAAGAAUGUGUGUGCCCUGAUGGUGGCCGCUCUUUGGCUGAGUGGUGUGGUGUGUGCAGAUGAAUAUGUUGGAGCACACGAUGAAGGAGCUGCAGCUGGACCCCUCACUGCAGUCCAAGCUCCGAGACUUCUUCCAGAUCCGAUUCGACUUCCACAGACACGAGAACCAAGUCGAGGAGGUAGCUUGCCACCCUCGCUUGGAUGGAGUGGAGACAAACGUCUCGUGUGGCCGCAUUUCCCUCUCUGCAGGCAUUUGCAAAGGAGCUUAACGACUCUCUCAAAGGCCUUGUCAGCCUCCAGGUCUCGCACACAGGCACGCGCAUCCACUUUCACCCACAUCAUGUCUCCCCUUCUUCCGUUCUGCAGACCAAAACAGAGCUGAUUAGUGAGUUCCCGGCCUUGUCCGACGUGCUGCGCGAGUCCAAGCUGGUGGCGCAGAAGAUCACCCUCCAUCUCAAGGUGCAGGUGUACCUGCCCGGCGACGUGCUUUGCAACGCCUUCCAAAAGGUGAGUCGCCACCGACAGGAAGGAUUCGUGUGUACGUUGAUUGGCUCCCUGAUCGUGCAGGUGUCCAAGAUCAUUUUCUUUCUUGAGGGACGGUGCCGCGACGUCAGCGUGGCGAUGCUCAACAACAAGAACAAGUGGGGGACGACACAGCCAGCAAGACCACCAUCUGCUCAGCCAUGACGUGGGGUGGUUUGUCGGUGGUGCAUGCAGGCCUGGUAUGGCGGUUCGGGAUCGUAGUGUGGUGUUGGGGCAGGGACAGAACAUGAACGAGAUUGUCGGGCCAAGGUGAGAAUGAAAAAUGAGAACACUCAGCCGGCCGCUGGCUGUGCAACGGCCCCUCCCGCACAUUUGUCUCUGUCAGAGUGAUUGGUGCCAAGGCGGUUACGAUGCAGCAUCCAGUGUACACCACCACACGUAAGCGCGUUGCGUUGGCCACGCAGAGCAUUGCCAGUCAGCUUGCUUGUGUUCCUCUUCCUUGGUUCAGUCGUGGCCACUGAGCCGUGCGAGACACACGAGCUGUGUUUGAGUGACUACUACGACAUCAAACUCAGCUUUCUGAAACCUUCACUCCACAGGCACACACAGACAGACAGACGGGCAGAGAGCGACAGACACCCAUCCGACCAUCGUGACCAGGAAGUGUUGUGGCUUUCAAUGUCAGGGAUGCGCUUCAAGUCUUCGAGAAAUCCUUACUCAAGGAGGACGACUCCCUCGGCACCUUUUGCGACGACUCAGCGAACGUCUUCGCCAACAUCCCUCUCGACCCGGUGCUGCUCCAUCAUGUCGGUCUCGCUGCUGCUGCUGGCACCAGCAUGCGGCGGGCCACCACAUUCGGCGGGCUCAACAACCACCGGCACAGCGGCAGCUCCAUCACGACUCACGUGCCUAACAGCUUCCUCAGCAUGCUCUCCCCCGGUGCGCCUUUCUCGCCCAAGACGGCCGACAAGGACACCGUGAGCGAGCUGCCGCCCAUCAGUGAAUGCCACAGACGGCACUCAGUGGCGGUGAGUGCGUUGUGGAAGUGACGGCUACGUGCGUGGUGAAAAUCCGCUCACCCGUCUGUGUGUCUGUACGUCUGCAGUCGAGUAGUGUGGCGUCAGGGGACACUGCGUCCCGCAGGGUGUCUCAGCAGGGCGACCACCAUGUGGCCCCUCGGCUGUCGGUCGACUCGUCCUACGCACCCAGCCACCCCUCACACGUACACGAACAGGUAGACAAGGGAGACAGGACAGGCUGGGAUCUAUGAUUGCAGUGCGGCAGACACACGUGCCACGUGGUGCUCUAUAUUUCUUGGUUUGCCUUCGUGUGUGUGCGCUCAACUCAAGGCCUCUCGCCGUGUGUCCCAGGAGAUCCCUCGCUCGCCAGAGCAGUGCCGCUUUCCCAGGCAUGAAAGGAGUCCAUGUAUAGGAGUGCAUCAUGACAAAUACCUCUGUUGUCUCUCCCCAGCUCAUCUGCGAGCAUCCUGACAGCGGACUUCCACACACCGAUGAAGGAGGUGGGUGGGCGAAGAAACAUCUAUUCACAUCGUUUGUGUGAGCAAGCGACUGUUUGUCUUUCCUUCUUUUCGGCAGGUGCCAGCGGAAGGAGAAGUGCUUGAUGGCGCUUUGGCACAUUCUGCUGAUUCUGAAGCUAACAAGUCGCCCUCUCUCCGCAGCACCGGCAGAAAGCCAAAGACCGCAAAGUGAGCCCGAGCCGAGUCAGCAGCACACACUCAACGAAUGACUCGAUUCGCUUUGUGCAGGAAGCUGGCCGUGGACCAGAGUUCAGACAGCGAUGACGAAAUGAACCUCUUUGGCGACCAACAAGUGAACAACAUAUAUCACCCAUGACUCCCUCCCUUUAUCGUGGGUGUCAUGGAUCUCACGUUUGUUGCAGCUGGAGCCUGAAUUCCGAAUGAUGGCUGCGCAAGCAUGGCGUGCGGCAGGCAAGCGAAGGAUGCGGCGGCGGUCAAUGAUCACCCAGCAGUAUGACCUCGACCACAUGGAACCCAAGGAGCCCCGCGCGACACCGGCCGAGCGAUCCGUCGGCCUCCGCACAUUCGUUAAAUCUCGAAUCGGUCCGGCGAUGAAGCACACUUUGCAAACACCCAUGUGUGCCAUAUCUCCCCAUUGCAACAUGUAGGAUGGUGGAUGAGCCCGAAUGUUCUCCGCGACACAGAGCCGCUGUCAAGCCCAGAGACCCCAUGUCUCCCAAAUGCGAGGCGAAAGAAAGGAGAUGACAACGAGUCACGGGCGUCGAGCCGCACUACUGACGGGGGCCGGAGGAAGCCAAAGGGCAACAACAGGAGGGACCACCGCGGCAAGAGGAGACGGCACACGGUCGACUUCAUCAAACAGGCCGACAUCAACGCUCAUGAGAAGAAGGGAAAGGGCAGCAAACGCACCUCAGUCGAUGGCAUUAAGGUAGGUCCGCAGUGAAGAAUGUGUCAAGGACACGAGACACGUCUCUCUUUUCUUUGCAGAAGGGCAUCUCGCCGCUCAAGCUGCGCCGGCAGACCUUCUCUGGCAUAUCCAACAAAGACGCGAAGGAGGAGCAGGCCGAGGAGACACCGCUUGACGAUGACCUUAUGUACACGAUCCUGCCCCAGCAGUCAGCACCCGCGGCCCCUAUCUGGGUUAUGGACAGCGAACACCCUCUGUGCGUGCCGCCGAUGCCGACCGGUGACCCGCCCCUCCCCACCGACAGCCCUCACGGUCUGGACGUCUCUGGCGAGGCCGACGACGCACAUGGCCAGGGGAAGGUGCCCAUGAAGGUGUGGCUGUCAUUUGGGGAGGGAGCAGGGGAGGGGGGUGUCGAAGAGGCGCAGGGUGUGUUGCCUGAGAUGUCAGGCCUGCUGCACAGAGACGUGUGA